AUGCUAGCUCCCUCGAGUGCGCUGCGGACUGAUUUUAUGGAGAAGAAGGUCAACUAUCGCCGCGACUCUCCGAAGCGGCGUGUGGCGCCGGGCGGGCUCUUGCAUGGCCGGGGCCUGCGUGUGGCGGGAAGUGGAGGAGCAGGAAACGACCGUGGAAAUCGUGGCCCUGCGACUCCGCUCCGGCCCGCCGCAGCCUUAAGCUACGCUGGCGGCGGCGGUGUGGGGACACCAAGUCUCACCCUGCCUGAGAAAGAUCAGAGUGUGAAGCUCUUUGUUGGCCGCCUUCCACGCGAGGUCACAGAAUCUCAACUCCGAGAUCUCUUUCAGCAGUUCGGGCAGCCGGUGGAGGUCUUUAUCAUUAAUCAGCAGGCCUCCAGUUCCUUUGGCUGUGCCUUUGUGAGGCUAGCAAACUUGGAGCAGGCGAAACGGGCCAUCCAAGAGCUUCAUGAUAAACCUGCACCGACGCAGUCGCUCUUCACUCCGCUGCAGGUGACCUUUGCCAAAGGUGAGUUGCAAAGGCUACAACUUGAGGAGGGACAGUUGAACGGACGAAAGGUGGAUCUGCAGCACUUGGCGCUGAGUGCCGGUCUUCUCCCAGUGAGAGACCUUGUAGAUCUCAUCAAGGAAGGCCAGCGGUCUUCAACCAGCUUUAAGGCCAAAUGGUUGAGCUUCUGCGAGUGGUCUGCGAGCUCCGGUGUGAAGAGCACCAACCCGUCCAAGCAUCCAGCAGUGGGUUUGUCGAACUUCGUUGGAACGGUGGCUCUUGAGUUUGGUCAUGAAUCUUGGUUUUGCAGCAAGUUUGACAAGCUGCCACCUCCACCUGCUGGUGCACCAAGUGUUCCACCACCAGGCUCGCGGAGUCAACCCUCCCUAGAGGUUCUGAUAUCUGCUUCUAAUCAGCUCUUUUUCUAA